GUGUUGAUCGCCGGGGGUAUAGCGACCAGCAGGGGACAAUGCCGGACCGGACAUCAUCCAACAGUCGAUAGUUCAUACCUAGGUGGAUGGAGUAAUACUUGUAGAGUACGCCCGUAACGAACUACGAGAGAGCGCACAACACCUUCCUCCUCGACAACCACCACAGAUGACGACCAUGCAUGACUUGGACCUGGAGAUGGCAGCGGGGUACAACAGGACGCGGGGAGAACGACGGCUGCCAGCGGAAGAUGGCAAGGGGGGGGAGCGAUACACAGACGAUCUCGCCAUGCAGGAGACCCGGAGAUUGGUUCUGCAGAGUGAUGAUUCCGCAUCUGAAUCCGCCUCUGAAGACGGGGAAGAAGACGGGUACUACGACGACAGCGAUGACGAUGAUGGCAGCGACGGCAGCAGCAGCAGCUUUAUCGUCUUUAAAAGACCCGCCCCCCGGAAUUGGGCCAGCAGCGUCGCAGACGUUAUCUUGACUCGACGGAGAGCUCUCACGAUGAUCGGACUUACUGCUGCCGUGUUGCUGGGCUACUCGCUCUUUGCCGCUUCGGCGCCGCUCGAACCGCGCCAGGGCAUCGCUACCACCAGUCCGCCUUGGUACCCGACGCCUCUCGGAGGCACCGUAAAAUCAUGGGAGGAAUCAUACCGCAAGGCGGCCGAUCUGGUGUCGCAGAUGACAUUGACGGAGAAGGUGAACGUUACCACCGGAACGGGAUGGCAGAUGGGUCCUUGCGUGGGCAACACCGGAGCAGUACCGCGGCUCGGCUUCCCGUCGAUUUGUCUCCAGGACGGCCCGUUGGGUGUUAGGUUCGGAGAUAAGAUUACUUCGUUCCCGGCGGGGAUCACGACUGGUGGAACUUGGGAUAAGGACUUGAUGAGACAGCGUGGAGAGGCUAUUGCGGCGGAGUUUAGGGGGAAGGGUGUUAACGUAGCAUUGGGUCCGGCUAUGGGCGCUUUGGGAAAGCACCCGGCCGGUGGUAGAAACUGGGAAGGCUUCGGUUCGGACCCCUAUCUUCAGGGUGCCGCAUCCUACGAGACGGUAGUGGGCAUGCAAUCGCAGGGUGUCAUCGCCACGGCGAAACACUUCAUCGCCAACGAGCAAGAGCACUACCGACAAGGCCCCGGCGCCAUCUCGUCGAAUAUCGACGACCGUACUCUGCACGAGGUCUACCUCUGGCCCUUCCAGGACAGUGUCAAGGCCGGAGUAGGCGCAGUCAUGUGCUCGUACAACCGUGUCAAUAAUUCUGCCGCAUGCCAGAACUCCUGGCUGCAGAAUAAUGUUUUGAAAGAUCAGCUGGGAUUCCAGGGAUUCAUCAUGAGUGAUUGGCUGGCGCAAAUGAGUGGAGUUGGUUCGGUAUUGGCGGGGAUGGACAUGUCCAUGCCUGGCGAUGGUUAUGUCUGGGACGACAGAGUUCCUAUGCUCGGCCCGCGCCUCACUGAAGCAGUGCUAAAUUCCUCUGUGCCGAUUGAGCGAUUGGAUGACAUGGCUACACGAAUUGUUGCCGCGUGGUAUCAGCUCGGCCAGGACUCUGACUACCCAGAGCCCAACUUCAGCUCAUGGACACAAAACGAUACCGGUAACAUCUACUAUGGCUCCUACGAGCCUCCGGUCGGUUUGAUAAACCAGCACGUCAAUGUGAUGGCGGACCAUCCAGCUCUGACGCGGAAGAUCGCCGCCGAGGCGAUUGCACUCCUCAAGAACGAGGGCUCAACUCUGCCGCUCAAGAAGCAGAUGAAGAUCGGUGUUUACGGCGAAGAUGCUGCGCUACCAGCGGGCGGACCGAACGUCUGCGUCGACCGGGGCUGCAAUGUGGGAACACUGGCAGUCGGCUGGGGAAGUGGAAGCACGGAAUUCGAGUAUCUCAUCGACCCGCUCUCGGCCAUUACCGCGAAAGCGAAGUCGUACGGCGGAGUAGUCACUUCCAUCACCCAGAACAACCUGACAUCCGAGAUCGCCGCGUCCGCGGCCAAGCAGGACGUCUGCCUCGUCUUCGUCAAUGCCGAUUCCGGCGAAGGAUACCUCACGUGGGAAGACGUAGCUGGUGAUCGCAACGAUCUCAACACACAAAAGGGUGGCGAUGAACUCGUCCUUGCCGUCGCCAACGCGUGCGAGAAGACCGUCGUCAUCGUGCACAGCGUCGGCCCCAUAAUCAUGGAGAAAUGGGCGACCAAGCGUCAAGUCCGCUCUAUCGUCUGGGCGCACCUCCCCGGAAUGGAGAGCGGCAGCGCCCUCGUCGACGUCCUCUGGGGCGCCGUCAACCCCUCAGGCAAGCUCCCCUACACCAUCGGCAAGUCGCUCGCCGACUACGGCGCGGCCGCGGGAAUAAUCUACACGGAGAACGCAGUGCCGCCGCAGUCGGACUUCACCGACGGCAUCUUCGUCGACUACCGACACUUCGACCAGCAAAAGAUCACGCCGCGCUUCGAGUUCGGCUUCGGGCUCUCAUACACCACCUUCUCAUACUCGCAGCUCAAGACGACAAAGAAGGGCAAGCUCACGCCGCUGCCCGCCGCGCGCCCCCGCGCCACAGCAAAGCCGCCCGUCUACAACACCACGCUCCCGGACCAAUCCUUAGCGCUCUACCCCCAGGGUUUCACCAAGAUCAACCGCUUCAUCUACCCGUACCUGGACGCGGCCAACGUCACCGUCGGCGCGUACCCCUACCCCGAAGGCUACACCACCGUGCAGAAGCCCAGCCAGGCCGGCGGCGGCCAGGGCGGCAACCCCGCGCUCUGGGAGGUCCUGGCCGAGGUCUCCGUCACAGUCAAGAACACUGGCAAGGUCGCCGGCGCAGAGGUCGCGCAGCUAUACCUUGAGUUCCCGCAGAGCGGGCCGAUUCCGUUCCCACCGAAAACCCUCCGCGGCUUCGAGAAGGUCUUCCUACGACCGGGCGAGAGCAGGAAGGUGGCGUUUAAGCUCACGAGAAGGGAUCUGAGCUACUGGGACGUCGUCAGGCAGAACUGGGUCAUUCCCGCCCCUGGCGUCGGUGUCUUGGUGGGUACUAGUAGUAGGAGGAUUAAGGCGAAGGCGUUUGUUGGGAGUUACUAGAUGGACGGGACGGGUGGGGGGUAUAAACGUGUACACGAAGAUAUUGAAAUUUGAAGAUGAAGCAGGGGCGGUGGAGAUGGGUGGAUGGUUGGUGAAUGGGAU